GAGGAAGAGGAUGGAGGCACCUUCCUCACUCUGAAGCCGCCCUGAUAGAAAAUGUGAACCGAGGCAGACUGAGACCCAGACGCACGCGGACGUCCAACUGGAUCGCAGCGCGCGGCCGGAACCAGCUGUCCUAAUGCCCCCCUCCCCCCGCAGGCUCCCACCUGACUCCGGGGCGGGCCUGCUGCCACUCACCCUAACCCCGCAGAACCGGGAGGAGAACCGAAGGAGGACGGAGCCAGCAUGAGCAGGACGGGCCGGCGCUGCGCUCUGCAGGUGUUCCUCUGCCUCGGGCUGGUUUACCUGAAGAUCGGGGGGCUGUGGCCGGUGGUCGCUCUGGGAGCCAGCAUCAUCUGUAACAACAUCCCGGGCCUGGCCCCCCGGCAGCGGACCAUCUGCCAGAGCAGACCCGACGCCAUCAUCGCGGUCGGAGAGGGGGUCCAAAUGGGCCUCAGCGAGUGCCAGUUCCAGUUCCGCUACAGCCGCUGGAACUGUUCGGCGCUGGGGGAGAGGACGGUGUUCGGGAAGGAGCUCAGAGUGGGUAGUAAGGAGGCGGCCUUCACCUACGCCAUCAUGGCCGCCGGUGUAGCCCACGCGGUGGCGGCGGCCUGCUCCAGAGGGACGCUGAGCGGUUGCGGUUGCGACCAGGAGAAGAAGAACAGUUACAACCAGGAGGAGGGUUGGAAGUGGGGCGGCUGCUCUGCUGACCUCCGCUACGGCCUGGCCUUCUCCAAGGUCUUCGUGGACGCACGGGAGGUCAAGCAGAACGCCAGGACGCUUAUGAACCUGCACAACAACCAGGUGGGCCGCAAGGUCCUGGAGAAGGGAAUGCGUCUGGAGUGCAAGUGCCACGGCGUUUCUGGGUCCUGCACCACCAAGACUUGCUGGAUGACACUUCCCAAGUUCCGGCAGCUGGGAUACUUCCUGAAAGACAAGUACAACCAGGCGGUUCACGUGGAGCCGGUUCGGGCCAGCCGCAACAAGCGUCCCACUUUCCUCAAGAUCAAGAGACCCCACUCCUACCACAAGCCUAAAGACUCGGAGCUGGUCUACAUCGAGAGUUCGCCCAACUACUGCGAGGCCGACCAGCUGACUGGCAGCAUGGGGACGCAGGGGCGCCUGUGCAACAAGACGGCCCUGCAACCCAACAGUUGCGACCUGAUGUGUUGCGGCCGGGGAUACAACACCAACCAGUACUCCCACGUUUGGCAGUGCAACUGCAAGUUCCUGUGGUGCUGCUACGUCAAGUGCAACACCUGCAGAGAGAGGACAGAGGUGCACACCUGUAAAUAGGGAUAUUUAUUGGAUGCUAAUGAGGCACACCUGGACUGCACUGUGUGAGAGAGAGAGAUGUUUGAAUAAUAUAUAGAGAAGAGUUUUUGUGUGCCUUUGCACUACAACCAUUCCAACCGGCUGCUUCUACUUGAGUUGAUCUAUGCCGCCACUGGAUGCUGAGUUCUUCGUCUCGUUUCUCGUUUGCAGUAGAAGGUCGGAUGUUAUGCAGACUUUUCUGUCAUUUCUAAGUUUCCACAGGUACAACGACUGGAACUGUAACAGCCUGUUUUUCAUAGAGAAAUAAUUUAUUGACUGAUAAAACUACUGAUCAUGUUGAAAACAGGCUGAUCUACAUCUGCUCUGUGACAAAGCUCCUUACUUCAAGUGUACUUAUAGGCAAAAAAGGUUUUUGGGGCGUUUGUAUUUUUCUCUGUGUAAAGUUAAACACUUGAGCUAAAAGGUUGGGCCUUCAAGGUGAAUAAUCAAGCAACGUGUUUGGUUUUUUUUUAGUAGUGAGCCUAAAACAUCUUCUUGCUCUGGUUGGCGGGGGUUUCUACGAAUGCCGUGAAAAUAAUGGUAUCAACAUAUUCCAAGUUUCUUUAAAUUGAAGGUUUCAAAUCGGCUUAAAUGUUUCCUCAAUUUGUUCCUGUUGAUUUAAGUCCCGCAAAGAAGAUGUUGCAGAAAGUGACGGCUGUUUUCUGC